GCAGAUGGCAACAAGGCGGCGCGGAGACUCUUUUAUAAUAACAAAGAACCACUGACUUUGAUAGUACAGUCUAAACACUCUACAUAUGUUCUGCAUGAAUGAACCGGAUACUAGAGCGAAUUCAAACCCGCACGCAUCUGACGACCGACGGGAACUUCUAAUGGAAAUAUAACAACAUUAUUCACACUCUAAAGCCUUGCACUUUACUGGCAGACAGAUAAUUCAAUAUUAUUUCUCACUCUAAAGGGAUUAAAGGUAUUUUUCCUCUGACUGUAUUUCGCGAGAAGGCAAAAUGAAGGUGAAAUCUAGAGAUGAGAGUUUGAAUACUUCUGGAGAAUGUGACGGAUCCAAUGACCUGCUGACAGGUAACCCUCCCUCAGGCCAGAGCAAAAAGAACAUGAAACAGCGCUUCCUCAAACUUCUACCCUGCUGUCAUGUGGACUCCACAUCAACUGUCAGGCAAAGCAAUAUAGAAGAGGACUUUGAGCUUGCCACUGUGUGCUACAGGCCGGACAGUCUGGAAAAAAUGAUGGAACGGACCAAGUUUACCAAAACAGAGCUACAAAUCCUCUAUAGAAGUUUCAAAAAUGAUUGUCCCACGGGAUUAGUAAAUGAAGAAACUUUUAAAUUAAUCUACUCUCACUUUUUUCCUCAUGGAGAUUCUAGCGCAUAUGCUCAUUUCCUGUUUGAAGCUUUUGACAGACGCAAAAACGGAGCAGUUAGUUUUGAGGAUUUUGUGGUUGGUUUGUCAAUCAUUUUGCGUGGUACCGUCACUGAUAGACUGUGUUGGGCGUUUAGUUUGUAUGAUCUUAAUAAAGAUGGCUGCAUCACUAAAGAGGAGAUGAGUGAUAUUAUGAAGUCUAUUUAUGAUAUGAUGGGGAAGUACACAUAUCCAUGUAUGAAGGACAGCGCACCUAGAGAACAUGUUGAAAGUUUCUUCCAGAAAAUGGAUCGCAAUGAUGGUGUCAUCACAAUGGAGGAGUUCCUGGAGUCGUGUCAAAAGGACGAGGCCAUCAUGGAGUCCAUGCAGAUGUUGGAUCAUGUCAUUUAGCUCUGCAUGAUGAUCUUUGGCAAAUAUUUUUCAACAGCAACAGUGUUUGAUCUGUUGUGGCGUCUGCUUGGUGUCUUCCUCCAUCUUGCACCUACAAAAAAGACCGACAGUAAACACCUGAACAGGUGCAAUGUGAGCAUGCCAUGUUAUUUUACACCCUGAGAAUGAAACAAUCUUUUUGAAGAUUUUUUUUUUUUUUAAUAUAAUGUGAAGAGACAUUUUAAGCCAUUUCAACACAAAAGGCUUUUAAAAAGAAGAUUCAUUCAGUUUUAAAUUUGUUUGUCAAUUAUAUAUUUUUAAUACACCAUUUUAAGUACACUAAUCACUAUUAUGAUUCCCACAGAACGCAAUGUGAAAAUCCUAUAAAUACAAUUCUAAAAAUUAUUAAUGUCAGAUGUAAUUUAUUUUCGAAUAUGUAUAACACACUACUUUAAAUAUAUAUGUAUAUGUACAAUUUGCAAUCAAUAUAAAAAUAAGAUUAUGGAAUUGGCAAAAUCUGACGUAACCAACUAUGCAAAAGUGAAAUCGUUUUUUGGUUGAUUAAAUUGAUUAAAUAUCAUUUGUGGACUACCAUAAAAUUUUGAGUAGAUGAUGCGUAUUCCAUAUGGACUGUCCAUGUAUUUGCUAAAAUGUUUAAGCUUGGUCAACCUA